UGCUGCGUUCAAAGUACAAAGGCGGCUCGCAGCGCGAGGACGUUAGCCUAACGAGCCCAAACCGUCGUUUCGGUGUGACGGUGCCGUUUUCAGACCGUUAAUUUGCCUUUUAGCGAGCAGGAGGUAAUGGAAACACACAAAGAAGCGGCUCCUCAGUGGAAAACAACCAUUAUCGUCAGCACAUCACUCCAGCAGAACCACAACACAAACAGGAUGCUCAGCGCGCAGCAGCACCGGAUCCGGUUUUCAGACAGCGUCGAGACCGGAACCUUCAUUUUCCCCCUGUCAGGAACUGCAUUUCUGUUGGUUGACCCUCAAGACCUCCUGGAGAAUUUUGAUGAACCUGGACUCAUUGAGAGGAUAAAGACUUUUGUGCAAGUGCACCGGAACAGCUUCCUCCUUCUGUAUGCCCCCUUUAAUGGGAAAAGGGAAUUGGAAAUCUUGUCGCUGAUUCAGCGCAGAUUCUUUGGCAGCAAUCUCAGGAUCCUGCCGGUGCGAAACAAUGCAGAGAUGGUCAAAGGAAUGUUGACAAUUGCCAAGGCCACCAGUAAGCCACACGUGGACAGCAUCCGCGACCGGAUGUCUCUGGCUCGAGGUCACAUCGUUGAAAGCAGUCCUGUGUGGGAGAUGCUGAGAGACACUCUCUAAAGCUAAGCAUAUGAUCCAGCACGU